AUGGCCCGUACCAAACAGACCGCCCGUAAAUCCACCGGAGGGAAGGCCCCCAGGAAGCAGCUGGCCACUAAGGCAGCGAGGAAGAGCGCGCCCUCUACCGGAGGGGUGAAGAAGCCUCACCGUUACAGGCCGGGUACCGUGGCUCUCCGUGAAAUCAGGCGUUACCAGAAGUCCACUGAGUUGCUGAUUCGCAAGCUUCCUUUCCAGCGUUUGGUUCGUGAAAUCGCUCAGGACUUCAAAACAGAUUUGCGCUUCCAGAGCGCUGCUAUUGGUGCUUUGCAGGAGGCUAGUGAAGCCUACCUGGUCGGACUGUUUGAGGACACCAACUUGUGUGCUAUCCACGCCAAACGUGUCACAAUUAUGCCAAAAGACAUCCAGCUAGCACGCCGCAUCCGUGGAGAGCGUGCUUAA